AUGUUCGCCAACAUCAUCGCCGUCGCUGCCUUUGGAGCUCUCGCUGCCAUUGCCUCGCCCACUCCCGAGAAGCGAGGAGAGUACCACACUGUCACCCUCAUCAACAACUGUGGUGUCGGAACUGCCGCAUUCGAAGUCGCCGGAGGAAAGAUGUACUACGGCACCACGACCCUUGAUGGACCCGUCGAAGGUGGCCUCGCGUGGAUCACUGGAGCCUACGGAUGUGGAGAUGCCAACGGUCUCAACUGUGGAGAUGUCGAGUUCACCCUCGUGAACCCCACUUCUUCCAACGGUUACGCGCAAACCGCCGCCGACUACUCGCUCCAGCAGAACAGUGGUCAGACCCACUCUUACAAAUACCCCAUGGACUUUAGGUUCGACGGCUGCAACCCUACUCCUUACACUCCAGGAGAAUGCACAGGACCUACCCAAUCCGAUUGCCCCGGAGCUUUCGUCGGAACCGAUGCCACUGACGGUACCGUCUUCCAAUGCUCCAACGACAACGUCGGAAUCACCAUCACCUUCUGUUAG